AUGGAAAAGAAGAAUAGUAGUGACGCAACCUACAAUAAGUCCAGGAAAAGAUCUGCAUCUGAAGCUGCUUUACAAGUCCAAAAAAAAUGGGCAGAACAAUCUUAUAAUAAUACCGAAAAUAAUAAUAAUAAUAAUAAUAGAGAGAAAGAUAUUAAAGACAUAUCCUAUGGUAAAACCUCUUCUUCUUCUUUUAAGGCAAAUAAUGCCGAACUGAUCAAUACAAGGGAAUCUUCAAAAAGGUUGCGAACAGAGGACGCAAUUGAUCUUACAAUUCCCUUUGAGAGUGAUACUUCUUCAACUGAUGCUAUUAUUGAUUUGACAUCUUCCGAUAAUGAAACAGGAAAGCCUGAUGAAAAAAAGAUGAUAAAAGAAAAAGAAACAUUUGCAAACUUACAGAAGAAGACUAAAACACAUACACCAGAAAUAAACUUGGAUAAUUCACCUUUUAGAUUAAUCAAAUCGGAAAUGUACGAUACUAUUGAUAACGAUAUCUCUUCACCAUAUUUUAUUACCAUGAAAGAUAUAUUAAAUGGUUCUAAUUUGAAGGAGACAAUCCUCUUAAGCUUCCAAUUUGAACUUGAUUUUAUAAUACCACAAUUUAAUAAAAAUAUAGAGAAAAUAACUAUAAUUGCUCAAAGAGGCACAAUAAGUCCUUUCACUCAUCCAAGAGAUAAACAAUUAUGGGAAAUAUUUCAACAUUUAGAAAUCAUUGAAUUCCAAAUGCCACCAUAUACAUGCCAUCAUUCAAAAAUGAUCAUUAAUUAUUAUAGAGACAAUUCUUGUAAAAUCUUUUUACCUUCCAAUAAUCUUACUUAUAAAGAAACAAAUUUGCCACAACAAGUUUGUUGGUGUAGUCCCAAACUAGUACCUUUAACUUCUUCCUCACUUGAUACAAUACCAACUUUUAAAGAAAAUCUAAUCGAUUACUUCAAAUCAUAUAAAAUGGGGAAAAUAACAAAUUUAUUAAAAAAAUUAGAAAGUAUCGAUUUUUCACCUUUAAAGAACUUCAAUUUCAUAUACUCAACUCCCAAUAAAGAUUUCUCAUCUGGUUUAAAACUGCUAGCUAAAAACUUAUUACCAACGGAAAAGAAAAAUUGGUCAAAAAUGAUGGAUUCUGAUAUCACAUCUCAUUAUUUAUGUCAAACUUCCUCCAUUGGUGCUUCAUUGUCGAAAUCUAAACCAAUAAAUAUCUUUACUCACUUAAUGAUCCCUUUAUUAACUAGUAUCAUGGAUUCUGAAGUCAUAUAUGAUGAGAACAUUAAAAAAUUGAAUUUUAAAGACACUCAAGAACUAUUAACUGAUUAUGAGAACAUGAAAAUUGUUCCUUAUAUAGUAUUCCCUACAAAGGAAGAAUGUUUGAAUACACCAAUGCAAUAUCUACCAUCAGGUUGGUUCCAUUUUAAAUAUUUACAUAAUGAACAAUCAAAAAGUUAUUAUCAUAUGUUAUCCAAAGAUUUCCAAAUCUUUUAUAAACAAAAUAGAACUAAAAUUAAUAAUAUCAGAUAUAAAAGGAAAUCAACACCAGCUCAUUCCAAAUUUUAUUUGAAAUCAAGGAUUACGAAGAAAAAUUCAACUAAUGAUAAUCCAUUUGAAAAUCUAGAUUGGUGUCUUUACACCUCUGCAAAUUUAAGUGUUAGUGCACUAGGUAGGAUAACAAGUGCUCCCAGAAAUUAUGAAGUAGGGAUAUUAUUUAAUAAUGAUGAAUUACCUGAGAAAAUGCAAUUGAAAUGUAAGAGUUUUGUCGAUACUAUUUAUUUAAAUAACGACGCACCACAAGAUAAGGAUGCUAAUGAUAAUUUUACAUUGAUGGUCCCAUUUACUUUGCCUGUUUCUAAGUAUGACACAGACGUUGAAAGGGCUUUUUGUCAAGACGUCGAUUAUCCAUAA